AUGUCUCUCUCUUUGCCUGUCUCUUUCCAUCUUGUCCAUUCCUUUCUCUUUCAUUCUUGUCUCUCUCUCCUCUCUGUGACUUUCCAUCUUAUCUCUCUCCUUCCAUCUUGUCCGUUCGUUUCUCUUCAAUUCUUGCCUCUUUCUUCUCACUGUCUCUUUCAUUCAUGUCUCUCUCUUUCCCUGUCUCUUUCCAUCUUGUCCAUUCCUUUCUCUUUCAUUCUUCUCUCUCUCCUCUGUGACUUUCCAUCUUAUCUCUCUCCUUCCAUCUUGUCCGUUCGUUUUCUCUUGCAUUCUUGCCUCUUUUUCUUCUCACUGUCUCUUUCAUUCAUGUCUCUCUCUUUUUGCCUGUCUCUUUCCAUCUUGUCCAUUCCUUUCUCUUUCAUUCUUGUCUCUCUCCAUCUGUUCUUUUUAUCUCUCUCCUUCCAUCUUGUCCAUUCCUUUCUCUUCAAUUCUUGCCUCUUUCUUCUCACUGUCUCUUUCAUUCAUGUCUCUCUCUUUCCCUGUCUCUUUCCAUCUUGUCCAUUCCUUUUUCUUUCAUUCUUGUCUCUCUCUCCUCUCUCUUUCCAUCUUAUCUCUCUCCUUCCAUCUUGUCCAUUCCUUUCUCUUUUCUUGCCUCUUUCUUCUUGUCUCUUUCAUUCAUGUCUCUCUUUCCCUUCUCUUUCCAUCUUGUCCAUUCCUUUUUUCUUUCAUUCUUGUCUCUCUCUCCUCUCUCUGUGA